AUGGAUAGAAGGUCUGCUAGAAUAAAAGCAGAGUUGCAAAGAUAUGGUUGGAGAGUUUCGAAGAAGUUUAAAUAUAAGAAAGGAAGACCCAUAAAAGUCUAUGACAAACUGGCUGGUCUGACCUAUGAAAUGGACUUAGAAACAGCACGCGCAAAUUAUCCAAACAGAUUAGAGAGGUUAGAAGAAGAACGUCUUAUGGACAUGCCUUUCGAUGUUAGUGAGCCUCAAGUUGAAGGACACGACGGCUUUGCCAGAUUCUACUGGAAACAUGACGAACAAUUGCAUCCUUUGAGAAGGAAAAAAGGAAAAGGUGAAGACAAACAUGCUCCCAUGGAAAGAACAAGAUAUGCAUAUGAAAAGUACCGUGAAGUUAGAAGUCAAAUUACAUCUGGUCGAACCUUUACAGUAAACUUUGACGAAGGAAAGAACAAAGAAGGCUUCAUGGGUGUACUUGCUGCCAUACAAGAUGGAAAUAAGAAAGGAUACAAUCUCAGAUUGACCAUAACAGAUUUGGACGGUCAUAUAUACUAUGCGCAUGGCAAUGUCACAACAGCCGCACAACUUCUUGACGCUUUCAAGACUACAAAGAGAGAACAAAUGUUUGACUCCGACUCAGACAUUUUGAAUGCAAUUGAAGGAAUUGUAAGCGUGAAGUUCGAAUGGUACCAACCUAACCCUCAAGCAGUCAGACAACAUGCUGGAUACUUCCCGUUCAUAAAUAAGUCUGACAUUGACUUGACAAG